ACCUGCUUUACAGCAGCACAUUAGAUGACAUUCUUCCACACCUGUGAAGCACCGUGUCAAUUUUUUGCACAACUGACAUCUUCAGUUCAUGAUUCUGUCUGCAUAACCGCCAACUCUCUGAUCACAAACAGGAAAUUCUUUCUGUUUCCUCCAGUUGAUUGUAAAAAGGUUCUGGAACAUUUGCCGUGUUCAGAAGCGCAAUGAGCUGCCAACACAAUCUGUUAUUUUUACUCCUCUGUGGCUUCGCUGCACUCUCUGUCUCAACAGAGGAAUGUAAAAAAGAUCUACAAGAGGGAACAUCCUGCUUCAUUAAGCUACCAGAAAAAUACAAUGACAAAUCUAAGGACAUAAAAUGGACCCAUGUCUCCAGUGACGCCGUAAUUGAGAGGAAAAAUAACAAGAUAAAAAAGUCAAACGCUGAAGGUUUAACAAUGGAUGAAGAUGGAUCGUUAAGAUUUGAAAGUGUUAGUCUGAAUUACAUGGGCAAAUAUUUAUACACUGUUACUAGUUCUGAUGGUACAGAGGUUGGUAAAGAUGAAGUGGAAAUUAAAGUAUAUGCAAAGGCCCCUAAACCUGUUGUGAAGAUUAGCUGCACCGCUGCUGGGAAUGCUACUCUCACCUGUGACAUGGGAAACAGUAAAGAUCUGACUGUAUCCUGGUAUAAAGAAGGCAACUACUUCCAGAAUGAUAAAAAAUCUCAAGUGUUCUUGUCAUCUGCACAAGUACUAGAGAAUAAACUGUACUCAUGCAUGGCAAGCAAUCCUGUCAGCAAGGAAACAAGUGAUAGUAUUACAGUAUCAUGUAAAGGCCCAGGUCUUACUAAACUCUUUGGCUUUGAUUUCUGGCUCAUGGUGGGCAUCCUAGCCGGCGGAGCAGCCCUUCUACUGCUGCUAAUUUGUGUUCUCGUCAUCUGCGCAUGUCGAAGCUGUCAUCAACGCACGAAGCGUCAACAAGAUGAAGAAGAGUUAAGGCUAGCAGAUCUUACCCCAGGACAUACCAGUACAAACAGAUCCAAACAGACCGCUAGGGGGCAACCGGCACCCCCCAUCCCGCAAGAAGACCCCAUGCCCUGCAACCCAUCUCCGGAAACCCCGCCUCGAACCCAGAAUCAACCCAAAGCCCAGAUCCGUGCUCGACCCCCACCACCGCCUCAGGACGACGAUGAGGAAGACCCGCCUCCCUUACCUCGCCCGAGGAACAAACAGCACCGAACCAAGAGAAAUCAAGAGCCGUACCGACCAAUGGAAUGAGAUGCUUGAAUGUUCACUGAAGGAUAGUAAUAUGGGACUUUCUUAGAGUGAUUUUCAUUGACUUAAAGCCAUAUUUUGAUGGUAAGGGUGUCACUAAAGAAAUAGUUUUCUAAAAAUGACAAUUCGGUCAUAUACUCACCCUCAUGAUGUUUCAAACUAUUAGCUAUUAUUACUAAACUAUUAUUUCCUUUUUUUCAUCUUAGGCAGAAUGUCCAAGCUGUUCUUGUCCAUAUACAAGGAAAGUAGAUGGUGAUUUAUAAGCUUACCAUAAAAAAAAAAAAAAAAACGUCCUUACGAAUUGUGCGCUAUACUAAGUCUUCUGAAGUCAAUUUAUGUCAUGAUUUACAAUGCAAAAUAUUGACCUUUUUUGUUAGAGAUUAACAAAAUUGAAUCUUCCAAACAAUGUUUUUUGUCUUACCCUAAAUCAUUAUAAAUAUAUAUUUUUUUCUCUUUAUUUAGAUUAAAACUAAAAAAUCCGUAAUAUAAUUAUUUAUUAAUUAGCCUACAAUAAUUAUUUACAUUUUAGAGUUUUUGGGAUUUCACAGAAACUGCAUACUUUCAUCAUUCGUCUGUGUGUGUUUACGUCAUAUCCGUAAAUAAAGGAAAGAAUGUUUAUUAUAUAUACUAACCAAAAAGAGUUUGCAAGCAAAAAGAGAAAGUGACAGUACCAGUAAUAAAACACGAAUCAACAUAGUUUGCAUAGCAUCCCAUUUGCUGUGCACUGACUAAGUUCACAAAACAAUGUUUAUGCUGAUAACUGUAAUACAUUACAAUGCCAAUCUCUUAACCAGUAAUUUCUUUGGUCUAUUUGACUAUAAAUAGUCUUGCCAAGUUGUAGCUUCCACCAUUAUCUGAUAUGAAUAGCAUUUUUGUUGCCAAACGUUUGUAACGUUAUUUUAAAACAAUUGAUUUUAAUAGGUCAAAACAACAAUGGGAUAUAAGCUAUUUACCAGCUGGUUACAUGGUUUUUUGGGAAUUUCUGUCUUCCUUGCGUUACUUGGGAGAGUUAGUGACAUUUGCACUGAAAAGGGGAUCAUCUGUAGACAACAUGGCCACAGCAUGCGCCUCAAGCCAUCAGAUUCAUCCGCGCUGCGGAGCCGAAGCACAACUCACGUAAUGACCAAAACAAUGUUCCUCCGCAAGUAGUUUUAUAGUUCAACCACUAGAGGGCCAAAAGUUACAGCUUAGCUUUAAUAUAAUAGAAUAUCACUUGUUUACGAAUAUAAAAUAAUGUUUGAGAGCUUUAGAGAGUGGCAGACAAAAUUAUAAAUGAAAAACAACUUCAAAUUUUAUCUUGUUUGUAAGGUGAGCGUGAGUAAAUGAUGGCAGAAUUUUUAUUUUUAUAUGAAUUAUUCCUUUCAAGGUAAUUUCUCCCAUGUUCUUAUUCGUCGCUUUAAAAGUCUAAUACAAAAGAGGUCUUGAACAUUAUACUAACUACUGUUACUGUGGAUGCAUCAUGUUUAUAUUUAUUAUCUAGACAGUUGGUUAUGUGAUCUCAACAUGGCAGCUGUUUUGAGAGGGAACCAUACUUAGGUACAAUUAACAAGAUUUUUUCAGCUAAUCUUCAUAUCAUUCUUUAGGGGUAAAACUUACUUAGUGCAAAACAAAAGUGUAUAGUUUGUCUAUGAGCUGGUUGGUGCAUGAUGUGUGAUAAAACUGCAUUUUAUAUAGUAAUUAUUGUAUUUUGUGUGUGUGUGGUUUUUUUUUUCCUUUUUUUUUGUGAGACCAUAAAAGAGGAAAAUAAAUGCAUUUAUAUAUUUAA